AUGCGCCACGGGAAGAAGCUCGCCAAGUUGAGCCGGCCAACGGCUCACCGCAUGCUCAUGCUUCGCAACAUCGUCUCGUCCGUCCUCGAGCAUGAACAGAUCAUGACCACCGUCGCAAAGGCCAAGGCGGCGCGCAAGCUGGUGGACCAGGUCAUCGGAUGGGGAAAGUCAGGCACCAAGCGCGACUACCAGCGCGCAAAGGGCUUCCUCCUCACGGGCGACCGGUCGAUCAAGCCUCUCUUUGGACACCUCGCACAGCGCUACGCUGACCGACCAGGCGGCUACACGCGCGUCACCCUCGCCGGCAACCGAGGAGGCGACAAUGCCCCCGUCGCCGUUCUCGAACUCGUCGACAACCCGAACGACCUCCGCUUCGAGUUUGCCGCACGAUCCAUCGGACGCGAGCUGGCGAUCAAGGCGCAGGAGAGCAACGACAAGCGGGUCUGGUGGGACUUUAGGGAGCGGGUGGAGAGCAAGGGUGCGGACAAGGUUGGCGAGCUGUUGAUGGCGGAGGAGGCGAUUGCACCCUUGUCGAGGAAGAACGCCUUCAAGGCACUCAAGUUCCGCAAGGGUACGGUACCCGUCCUGGAGGAGGAUGUCAAGGCGGCGCAGGGCGAGGAGGCUGUCGUCGAGGCCAAGGAAGGCGAGGAGGCUGUCGCGGAGAAGCAGGGCGAGGAGGUGGUCUCGCCGCUAGGACCUACAGUCGUCGAGCAUCCCGCGACUCUUUUCCUCGACCGCACCUACCACCACUACCUCACCUCCAUGGCGACUUUCGUGCUCUCGACUUCUUCCGCACCCGACCCCUCUCGCACCAUCAAGCAGCUCACCUCACGACUCGGCUCAAUGGACAUCAAGGGACCGCCCAAUCCCGUUCUUACCGUGCCCAGGGUCGGCAGGGUUCCGCGGGCAGGAGAGCGAACGACCGCUUGGGACCAGACGCUCAAGGAGGGCGGAUCUUCCGAGGCGACCGGGCCGAUCUCGAUUGCGAAGGGUCUCUACAACCGGGUGGCGCGGAGGGCGAGGUGGAAGGCGGCGCUGGCGACGUUCGAGGCGGAGAAGGGGACGACCCUCAACGAGAAGAGCGAGGUGCAGCGCGUGUAG